GACGGUACUGUCAGUGUCAACAUCACCUCCCGUCCCUCUUCACCGUUAUCUGUCGAGUCACCGGAUAGGCUACCCGUCUGUUCGUCCUCGAUUGAGAAUAAGUGUGCAAGAUGACCUACCACUUGGCCUAUAUGAAUCUACGGGGCCGCGGGGAGCCCGUCAGGUGGGUUCUGAAGGCCCUAGAUGUGUCCUUCACCGAGGAGAGGAUUGACGUCCUCACCCAAUGGCUGUCCAGGAAGAAUGAAUUUGAGUGGGGGCAGACGCCGGUAUUGAUGGUUGAUGGGGUACAGCUGCACCAAACCACCACCAUCUGCCGCUACCUGGGCGAGAAGCACCACCUGGCCUCCACCGACCUCUGGAAUGCAACCCGCCAGCAGGAGGUGGUCGAGGCCUUCCAUGAUGUUUCGUUCGACUUCUCCCUUGCCUUCACUGCCAGGAUAAAGCAAGAUGAGACACUGAAGAAUAAUUCAUUGGAGAAGGCCAGAAAACGGCUGCUAGAGAUUGUCCUUAUCCUGGAAAGCCGUAUUACAGAUCAAGGCUGGGUCCUCUCCCAUGAUAUGACGUGGGUAGAUGUGUUUUUGGCCGCGUACCUGGAGAGCUACUCUGCUUAUUUCCCAGAGAUACUGGAGGGAGUCUCCAAGACCCAGGCCUUGAUGGAAUGUGUCAUGGCCCUCCCAGUCAUUAAGGCCUGGCUGAAGAUAAGACCUCACUGGAGCUCACUUGAGGAUCCUCAAAACUUUCUUUAGUCUAAUAAAUAAGUCGGCAGUAAACCCUCAAUUAGAGUGGUUUUGCUUAAAUACAGUCAGUUAAUUGUGACCACCUUUUUAGAUACAUGAUUAAGCCUGGAGGUUAAUGGGCCUACAAUGUUCAAUCCCUACCUUCUUCGUGGCACUAAAGAUGCCGACACCCUAACAUCCAUGCACCAUGGUGCUCUUAUUUCUGUUUUGCUAUUGAUCUGUGAGUCAUGUGCACCACUUGCUUUAAAUAAUGUAUGUGUUCACCAGAGUUUAAAGAGGAAGGAGAGUAAAGGUAGCAAAAAGAGUAAUAAGCCAAGUGCAAAGAAAGUGUUACCUUUAGUUCAGAAAUUGAGAUUUGGGUCAGACUUGGUAAGGGUGAAGGUUCCAAAUUAGAGGCCAUAACUUUGAGCCUUAAGUAAUGAUGGCAGCAGAACAGGAGCAAGUGUUUCUGUCAUUGCACCUCAAGGAGCUAUAUUUUCAUUUUCUGGUCACUACUACAGUAUUCUGCACAAGAUGGGGAGACUUUAAUCUAUGAUAGAGGAUCAAACACAAGAGAGUGCCAGUGGCUGGCUACAGUACUAAUACAUAGAGAAGAAAAGAAAUUGAAUGAUCACUCGAAGUAAGAGACUGCAGUACAAUUACAAGUGAAAGGAGUGAGGAAACACCUUUUGCUGCGAGCAAAGAAUUGUUUGAAAAAUUUAAAGAAAAGUUCAUGAGUAUAAUGUAGCACACAAGUAUCCCCAGAGCUGCCAAACUCAUCUGAGAUACAUAUUAUAAACCAGAGCAAGUUUAUAUGUAUAAGGAACUAAUUUAUUUGGGAUGAGAAUGCCAGAGAAAUGUCCUACAGGGUUUAAAGGUCGCUAAACACACACACACCGACUCUUUUUCCCUGGGGGAACACCUUGGGUGAUUUUAUAGUGGAACCAAUGCUUAUUUACAGAACCUUGAACCCCAAGCACUAAAGGGAAAAGAUAAGUCCAAAGCUUGGUCACUACAAAAUAUUUUUAGGUUUCAUAAUUGUUUCAUAACUAUGUACAGUGAAACUGCAUCUGCCAUCAAAAACCUUUUAUACAAGGUGUUAUUAACUUCCUUAUUUUUUGAUGCCAAAUUUGAUAUCAGUGGAAGGUUUUUUCAUUUAAAUGCAAUGAAAGCACAAAGAAAUGCAUCUUAAAAAAAUAAGUGGUCUAAUGAGGACAUUCAUCUACAGUGGAUAACAUCUAUCCUGGUCACCUGAUGAUAAGAUCUACUUUCGCUGUAGUCAGUCAGGAGGAACUAAUGAAUGCCUAGCCUCCAACCCCCAUGAUCCCAUAAGCCCAAAGCAUUUUUUUUUUUAACAGAUUUCUUUUCCAGUAAUUUUCAGGAAUGUCACCACCAUGUACAUUAAUGGUUUACUGCCGUUUGAUUCACAUUCAUUGACAAUGUCAGAGUAACAAUCUUAACAUAAAAUGUCAUUUGGUGAAUAAUUUUCAUUUAACAUAAAGCAUUAUUUAGCUCCAUAA